GAACAUGAUUGCGUUGCUUCGCCAAUGCCAGUUGAGCCUGGUUCUUCUGUGUCGCAGCCAUGACCAGUUCGCGAUCGUGAUAGUACAAUGAAGGGCUUUCGAGGGUGAUUGUGCAGCAAGCGAUGCCGAUGUCAAACUUGGUGUUCCACCGAGCGAGCUGCUCACGCUUUUUGGCAUCCCAGGGCGUCCGGCUGGAUCUUCACACAAUAUCCAGUUGGCGUGCCCCGCGACGGAGAUACAAGACCGAAAACGGCAAUACUCUCAACUUGUCCCGCGCGACGCGCAAGUGACCUAUGCUCCACCAUGGAUAUCGGCUUGUACUGCUUCUUUGGGCGAUCCCGCUUUUCCCGACUUCCCGUGCUUCUGCAUCGUUUGGCAGCUUGCGGAGUUCAAUUGCUCCUCACACGGAUCUGGGCCCAGCUUCAUCAUUGUCAUGGUAUCGGAGUUCAACAUGCAAUCCUCACAGUAUACAUAUUACAAGUCAUCCAGCAUGCAGACAUGGGCCAUCGUCUUCUUCCCCCUUUCGCCUUCUAUCACUCAUACAGGAAGACGCGGUUCCCCCAUCAGUGAUCAUCUCUCAUCAUGUCUCCACCUGCACUUUUGGGAGGGCAGCACCCACUCGACCCCAUCACAGAAAAUGAAGUCCGACAAGCGGCGGACAUCCUCCGCCAAAAUCUGAAGAAGAAAUCUGGAGAGAUACACUUCAAGUUCAUCGAUGUCGCAGAGGCUCCCAAAGCGGAGAUGCUUCGAUACUAUGAAAAUAACAACACACAAGUCGAUCGAAGAGCACGCAUCUACUUCCAUGUGCGACCUUCUCCGAAUCUACGCAAGGCAUUCGUCAACAUCACUACUCAAACAGUACUGUCCGACGAGGAAUUGCCGGAUGCGCAGGGUCCGGUGGACUGGUUGGAGUUUGAUGCCGUACAAAAGGCAUGCAAUGCGCACCCAUUGGUGAAAGCGGAAGUCGAAAAGCUUUGUCUACCAUCAGGAGCAAAGGUCAUCAAUGACCCAUGGGCAUACGGAACCGAUGACGCCAAAGAGCGACGCCGCUUGUUCCAAUGCUACAUGUACAUUGUUUUGACCGACGACCCCGAAGCCAAUCACUACUCGCUUCCAGCACCUUUUGCACCCAUCUUCGAUGCGCACACGUUGGAACUCGUCGAUUUGGAGCGUCUGCCUGUGGGCACGGGCUCUGAGCUCGAACAAGAAACCGCGCCUUGGGAUCCUAUCGCUGCAGUGGAAUAUAGUGCUCGAAGCCUGGGACAAGAUUCAUUCCGCAAAGAUCUCAAGCCCCUUGUCAUCACUCAGCCACAAGGGCCGUCUUUUGAGGUCAACAACCGUCACGUAUCGUGGCAGAAAUGGUCGCUGCAGCUCGGUUGGACUGUUAGAGAAGGACCUGUUCUCCAUGACGUGCGAUAUGAUGGCCGGCCGCUUUUCUACCGCGUCUCCAUGAGUGAAAUGACAGUACCUUAUGGCGACCCUCGUUCUCCAUAUCAUCGAAAGCAGGCGUUCGAUCUGGGCGACUCUGGCUUCGGUCUUACAUCCAACAGCUUGAAGCUUGGUUGCGAUUGUCUCGGCCACAUUAAGUAUUUCGAUGGUGUGCUGACCUCGGGCAAUGGAGAACCAGUGCGAGUGCCCAAUGUCGUCUGCAUGCAUGAAGUCGAUCAGGGGAUUGGUUGGAAACACACCAAUGUGCGCAAUGGUUGCUCGACGGUCGUGAGGGACCGACAACUCGUCAUUCAAUGCACUGCGACUGUGGCCAAUUACGAAUACAUCCUCGCUUUCAUCCUUGACCAGGCUGCGAAUCUCCACAUCGAAGUCAAGGCUACCGGAAUCGUGAGCACCAUGCCCAUUCGCAAGGGCCUGCACGUCCCUUGGGGCACAACCGUCGCUCCAGGUGUCCUGGCCGCGAACCAUCAGCAUCUCUUCUGUGUGCGCAUCGACCCUAACCUCAAUGGACAGAAGAACACCAUCCAAUACGACGAUUGCGAAGCUGUGGUUAACGAACCGGACAUCGAUCCUUUCGGCUGCGCAUUCCGUGUGCGCAGCACACCUAUCACGCAACCUGGCGGCUACGACCUCGACCUCACCAAAUCCCGAACAUACAAAAUCAUCAACCCUUCCCAUAUCAAUCGCAUAUCCGGCAAACCCGUGGGCUACAAACUCCACCCCGUCCCUUCCCAAAUGAUGAUGAUGGGCCCGCACACUUUCAACCUCCGACGCGGUAUUUUCACCUCGAAGCCCAUCUGGGUGACGAAAUACCGUGACGACGAGCUCUGGGCUGCGGGCGAGUUUACGAAUCAAAGUCGAGAGGAUACGGGGCUUGCGAUCUGGGCAAAGAGAGAUGAAGGGACGGUCGAUGAGGAUGUGGUGCUGUGGCAUACGUUUGGUGUCACGCAUGUUACAAGGCCGGAGGAUUUCCCUGUUAUGCCGAGUGAGAAGAUGACGGUCAUGUUGAAACCUACGAGCUUUUUUGAGGUUUGUCCUUCGAAUGAUGUGCCGAGGUCGUGAAGGGAUGGUGCAUGCUCGGCUUUGUCUUGUUCCUUGCGGCGGUGGUUUGUAGUAUACUUGGAAUUGGAGAAUGAGUGGUCUACAGCGAACGGCUCCGCGGACUUCCAGCUGGAGUGAUUCGAUACGCGUUUUCGUAUUGUGCAAGGCGCCUUUGCAAGGAUGGGUCGUCAGCAGCCUCUGUCCUGCCUCCAGGUGUUCCUUUCGGGCCCCUGGGGUAUAAAAUCUGAAGCAGAGUCAGCAAAGUGGUGCGCCAACUCGGUUCUCGGGCAUCAAUUUGUUCGAAGUACGGCAUGCUGCUAUAGUCAGCUCUAACGGCUGAGAAUCCUGCCGAUUAGUUCAAUUUGAGCGAAAUGCCCUAAGCGGUGCUGUUCACAAUCGAUACCAACUAGCAACCCAUGAUGAUUUUUUGAUUUACGAUGCACAACACAUAAUGAAAUGAAUAUGAACGAUCUCAAGUU